AUGUCUAACCACGUUGACGAAUCAUCAUCUCCAGACCAACCUUCUUCCGAUGAGGAUUUUCCAGAUGCCCCCUCUUCACUUGAGCCUUCGUCUUCUUCGGAAGAGCCUUCAGAAGAGCGUUCUACACGAGAGUCUGAUUCAUUGCGGAGCACGCCAGAACAACAACCACACCCAGCGGACAGAGUGCACCGGUUCUACCCAGGAGUCAACAACAGAUACGGCGGCAUAGCCCACUCAGACCUCGUCGUCCAGGAUCCCGAGACUCGAUUGUCACAUCUCCAAUAUGCAGUCCAAGAGUCCCCGGGCACAACCUCCUUCGUUACGGACAAAUCCACGAUCGUGGCCAUCAUAGAAUUUAAGUAUCGAAACGACGAAUCCGGGAAGCUUCAGCCUUAUUGGGAUAUAUCUUUUGGCCACGGGUGUGAAUACAAUCACACCGAAUCAUAUCCUGCUAGCACCGCAAUGACGGACACGUGCGGCGAUGUGCGUGCCUUUUUCGCCGCUUUGAUGAUCAUCAAGGCUCGUAGCCUGGGCACCCCUCUGCGUUCACAAGUCUACAUCGCAACAGACUCAGAGACACUGGUAGGGCUUUUGACAGGGCCUGAAGAACGAGAUGAAUCGCAUGUCGGCGAAUAG